CCCACUCUAGCCAAUUAACGCCAACUUCAGCCGCUCUCCAACGUGUUCAUCCAGCUUCGCCGACGCAAAAACAACACACACGGAGGACUUGGGAGCAGAGAGCUACUACUGGAGAGAUUGCUUGUAGACUGCCUUCUACUUUAUUUCUCUCUAGCCACAGAACAAUGUCGAUGAGCCCCAAGCAUACGACUCCUUUUUCCGUUUCCGAUAUCUUGAGUCCUCUUGAGGAGAGCUACAAGAAAGUAAGUAUGGAGAGUAACAAUUUGGGGGCUCCUCUGGGGUCGUACCGGCAGCCGCAAGUCUCACAGGCGACUAUGCAGCAGCACCACAUGGGUCACAAUGGAACGGUAUCCGCAGCUUACCACAUGACUGCUGCGGGGGUGUCCCAACUCUCGCACACGGCGAUGGGGGGCUACUGUAACGGAAACCUCGGGAAUAUGAGCGACCUUCCGCCAUACCAGGAUGGCAUGAGAGGCAGCACAACGGCCACCAGCUGGUAUGGAGCCAAUCCAGACCCACGUUUCUCCACCAUCUCACGGUUCAUGGGCUCGUCUUCGGGUAUGAACAUGGGCAGUAUGGGCAGCCUUAGCUCGCUGGCAGAUGUGGGCAAGACUAUGGGCUCUCUCUCCAGUACCCCGCGGCGGAAGAGACGUGUGUUGUUUUCCCAAGCCCAAGUCUACGAGCUGGAGCGGCGCUUUAAGCAGCAGAAAUAUCUCUCGGCCCCCGAAAGGGAGCACCUGGCCAGCAUGAUCCAUUUGACGCCCACGCAGGUCAAAAUCUGGUUUCAAAACCACAGGUAUAAGAUGAAGCGACAAGCCAAGGACAAGGUGUCCCAGCAACAGAUGCAGCAGGACAGCUCCUGUCAGCAACAGCAGCAGUCGCCCCGGCGGGUGGCCGUGCCAGUGUUGGUAAAAGACGGCAAACCGUGUCAAGGCAGCGGGCACACACCAACCACCACUGUGCCUACUCACCACCAGCAAGGUGGCAACAUCAUGAUCAUGUCCAAUAAUGCCACGGGCAUGGGUCAACUCCAGAACCAGCAAGUGGGAAGCGCUGGGCAAUCCCCCGACCUGACACACCAUUCCACUAGCCCACCGUCCCUACAGACACAGGUGGCCAGUCUGUCGCACCUCAACUCCUCCAGCUCUGAGUACGGAGCGGCCUUGCCCUGUUCGGCCCUGCUCUACGGCAGGACGUGGUGACAGCACUGGCACACAAGUAAGAACGGACAGUGUGUACCACUGCGAACUUGUUUUGAGUUUUAAAACGGUGUCAAAGAGUGACAGACUUGUGUGUGCGUUUGUAUUACACACCUCACGUUGGUACUUGCAUCCCCUUAAUGUCCACUCUGCUGGAGAGAGUUGGAUACGGAGGCAGAGGAGGAUAGCUCAGGGAGGAAAAAACUGAUUUGUGUAUUUUAAGGAUACACGCCUCCCAAUUCUACCCAGAAGACGGAAUUAUUUAUGUAGAUCUAACAGACAUUGUUCAAGAGAUUCAUACACUAAAAUACUUUCUUUGUGCGCCUGCUUGGAUAAAAAGUGAAACACCAAGACAAUAAACAGGACCAGUGUGGCUCUGCUUUCCCAUAAACUUUAAUGUAAGACGUAGCUUGUAUAUUUCUGUAAAAGGUUUGGAUUGGACUCAUAGUUUUUAGCAAUCUCUAUAUGGUUCAGAUUUUUAUCGUUAUUGACGGUUCUUUGUUUUUGAGUUGUAUCGUUAUUUGUACGUUUCAUUUGCUUGUAACUUAUAUAGAUAUUUGACCUUCACGCAG